AUGGGUAGAGUUAUUCGUAACCAAAGAAAAGGUGCUGGUUCUAUCUUCACCUCGCACACCAGAUUGAGAAAGGGUGCUGCCAAGUUGAGAACCUUGGAUUAUGCUGAACGUCACGGUUACAUCCGUGGUGUCGUCAAGCAAAUCCUCCACGAUCCAGGUAGAGGUGCUCCAUUGGCCAAGGUUGUCUUCCGUGACCCAUACAAGUACAAGUUGAGAGAAGAGACCUUCAUUGCCAACGAAGGUGUCUACACUGGUCAAUUCAUCUACGCCGGUAAGAAGGCCUCCUUGAAUGUCGGUAACAUCUUGCCAUUGGGUGCUUGUCCAGAAGGUACCAUUGUCUCCAACGUCGAAGAAAAGGUUGGUGACAGAGGUGCUUUGGGUAGAACCUCCGGUAACUACGUUAUCAUCAUUGGACACAACCCAGACGAAGGUAAGACCAGAGUCAAGUUGCCAUCCGGUGCCAAGAAGAUCAUCUCUUCCGAUGCCAGAGGUGUUAUCGGUGUUGUUGCCGGUGGUGGUAGAAUCGACAAGCCAUUGUUAAAGGCUGGUAGAGCUUUCCACAAGUACAGAGUCAAGAGAAACUCGUGGCCAAAGACCAGAGGUGUUGCCAUGAACCCAGUUGAUCACCCUCAUGGUGGUGGUAACCAUCAACAUAUUGGUAAGGCUUCUACUAUUUCUAGAGGUGCUGUUGCCGGUCAAAAGGCUGGUUUGAUCGCCGCUAGAAGAACCGGUUUGUUACGUGGUACUCAAAAGACUCAAGAUUAA